UCAGGCGGACUUGAGUUCACCGCGACUACAACAUUUCACUCUGGCAUGCGACUCUUUCACCAUAAUAACAUACAAAUAUCCACUCAAUAACAACUACAACUGUCGGCUUUUUUUUUUUAAAUCCAGCGGGUGACACGUGUGGACACUGGAAGGACUCAACGGUACGCUUUAAAAAAAAAAAAAAGAUGUCAAUUUUGCCUUUCACUCCCCCCAUAGUCAAGAGACUUCUGGGCUGGAAGAAGGGAGAGCAGAACGGCCAAGAGGAGAAGUGGUGCGAGAAAGCCGUGAAAAGUCUUGUGAAGAAGCUGAAGAAGACGGGGCAACUGGACGAGCUGGAGAAAGCCAUCACCACCCAGAACAUCAACACCAAAUGCAUCACUAUUCCAAGGUCUCUGGAUGGCCGCCUUCAGGUUUCCCACAGAAAAGGCCUGCCGCAUGUUAUCUACUGUCGCCUGUGGCGUUGGCCCGACCUGCAGUCCCACCAUGAGCUGCGAGCAGUGGAGCUGUGCGAAUACGCCUUUCACACAAAGAAGGACGAGGUGUGCGUCAACCCUUACCAUUACCAGAGAGUCGAGACCCCAGUCCUCCCUCCUGUGCUGGUGCCCAGACACACAGAGAUCCCGAGUGAGUUUCCACUUCUGGAUGACUACAGCCAUUCAAUCCCUGAAAACACCAACUUCCCUGCUGGCAUUGAACCCCAGAGCAACUACAUACCAGAAACGCCGCCACCAGGCUAUCUCAGUGAGGAUGGCGAAACCAGCGAUCACCAGAUGACCCACAGCAUGGACACUGGCUCCCCAAACCUAUCACCCAACCCUGUUUCCCCCACACACAAUAACCUGGAUCUCCAGCCUGUGACGUACUGCGAACCGGCCUUCUGGUGCUCAAUUUCCUACUAUGAGCUCAACCAGCGGGUAGGAGAAACCUUCCACGCAUCACAGCCCUCCCUGACGGUAGACGGUUUCACAGACCCUUCCAACUCUGAGCGUUUCUGCCUGGGCCUCUUGUCCAACGUCAACCGCAAUGCUGCAGUGGAGCUAACAAGAAGACACAUUGGCCGCGGAGUUCGACUCUAUUAUAUCGGAGGGGAAGUCUUCGCUGAGUGUCUUAGUGACAGCGCCAUCUUUGUGCAGAGCCCCAACUGUAACCAGCGCUACGGCUGGCACCCUGCCACUGUCUGCAAGAUCCCACCAGGCUGUAAUUUAAAGAUCUUCAACAACCAGGAGUUUGCUGCCCUGCUGGCUCAAUCGGUCAACCAGGGCUUUGAGGCCGUGUACCAGCUCACCAGGAUGUGCACCAUUCGCAUGAGCUUUGUCAAGGGAUGGGGUGCGGAGUACAGGCGACAGACGGUGACCAGCACCCCCUGCUGGAUCGAGCUGCACCUAAACGGGCCCUUGCAAUGGCUGGACAAGGUGCUCACGCAAAUGGGCUCGCCCAGCAUCCGCUGCUCCAGCGUGUCCUAGGGAACCUCCUGCUCACAUGUAUGUCUGGGACUGAAAACACACACCGAGUACGCAAAAGUUGACCCUCGCAUUGUUUCCCCACCAGCUGUCAGUAGCACUUUUUAUACAUUUUAUAUGGCAAAAGGGGAGACGUGCAUUAAAGCAGGACCAUGCUAGUAUGAACUCUGCUGGUUGUUGAUGAUCUCAUGGCAUUUUUAUCACAUCUUCAGUUGGUGAACGGAAUGAGGGUGUGGUUCUUCUUGAGUUAAGAGAUUCAUAUUCAUGUUUUUAAAGAUCUUCACGUUGUACAUACAGUAUGCUUUAACUGCAGCAAUUUGUGUCUUGAGCUCUCUUGUUAGUUGGCCCAUUUGAGGACUUGUGAAAGCCAAGUACAGUGGAACCCGCUUAUGUCGACAACUCGUCAAAUCCCGGGCUGCUUUCUUUUAAUUGUUUCUAAAAAGUACCCGCUUAAGUCGAUGUUGACAUGCAUUCAUUCCUAUGAAAAAUUGACUGGUGUUGAUCAUGAUCAAAUGGCAGCAAGCAACCACGGCUUAACUCUGUCUCGCGUACAGCAGCUUCCUGUGCAGUGCAAGUUUAGAUUGUUUGCCGAAUCGUAGUCAAGUAAUGCAUCAGAAUUAGCACAAAAAGUUUAUUUUGAACCAAUAAUCAAUAAUAAUCAAUCAAUUCCUUUAUUGUCAUUGUCAUAAUAACACUCAAGUCAUACAUGUCAACAAGAUUUAGUUUGAGCUUAGUCUAGCGGCAUAGAAACAUGCAUACAGUUACAAUAAUGUACAUCACAUAUUUACAGUUUCACAGUACAUAUGCAAAAAGGGGUGGGAAGAAGCAGAGCAUAUUGAAUCUCAACCCUUUCUCUGUUUAGAAGCAAGUCAUAACACAUUUGUUCACCUCCAUAUUUGUAUAUUCACUCAAGAAUUAAAAAAAAAGUGAAAUCACCAAAAAUCCAAUCUCCUUAUGACUCUGAAAAAAAAAUCACAGGUUAAUGAAUGAUUUAAUAUUAUUAGUCAUUAAUUGCAAUUUAUGAAUGAUUUAUAGAAUAAAUCAUUAUUGAAUCAAUAAUAUUUGAUUAAUAAAUUACAAUAACAAAUAAUAUAUAUCAUUAUUAAUAAAUAAUUGUAUUAAAAAAUAUAUUUUGGAUUUUGGUUAUGUCGACAGCUAUGGAUGUCGACAACCGCUAAUUUCAACGUCUGUCAGCUAGUCAGAAAGCCGUCGACAAAAACGGUUUCCACUGCUGGAAUUCGUGUUUCAAAGUCACAUGUUAAUAAUUUAUUAAUAAUUCAUCAAGUUAUGACUUUGUAAAUUUAAAAUUGUUAAUCACAUAAAUAUUGAAUAAAUAAAUGAUUAAGUAUUAUUACAGUAUUUGAUUAGUAAUCAAAAAUUAAUUAUUGAGUCAUUCAUUGUAUUAUUGCAAAUUAUUUUUGAUUUUGGUUAUGUCAACAACCGCUUAUGUUGACGUCUGUCAGCUCGUCUGUGAACCGUCGACGUCAACAGGUUUCACCACUUGAACCACUUUUAAUCCAUUAACUUGUGACUUUGGAAAUGAAAAUGAAAGAAUUGAUUCCAAAAUCAAUUAUGAACAAAUAAUUGAUAUAUGAGCAGUAUGUAAUUAAUUAAAUAUGAUUUCAUUGUUAAUUAUUACUUUUAUUUUUAAAGUCUCAACGACAGUCACACACACACACUAGAUGUGGUGAAAUGCAUUUGACCCAUCCCCAUGUUCACCUACUAGGAGGUGAGGGGAGCAGUGAGCAGCAGCGGGGGCUGCGGUCAGAAAUCAUUUUGGUGAUUUAACCCCCAAUUCCAACCCUUAAUGCUGAGUGCCAAGCAGGGAGGCAAUGGGUCCCAUUUAUAUAGUCUUUGGUAUGACUCGGCCGGGGUUUGAACUCACGACCUUCUAGUGUCAGGGCGGACACUGAGCAGGUCUUUUACAAAUUAUUUCUAACUUUGGUUAUGUCGACAACCGCCUAUGUCAAUGUCUGUCAGCUAGUCCGAGGAGCGUCGCCAUAAACAUGUUCCACUGCUGGUUUCACAUUUCCUAUUGUGGUCCUGGAAAAAAAAGAGCCGUUCUUGAUAAACACAUAGAGCUCACUGUUUAUUGUUUAUUGUUUACAGAUCAUCUGCCGCCUGCGUGAGUGUUUGUGUGUGUAUGUGCCUGUGUAAGUGUGUGAUUACCAAACCUCAUUUCCUCCUUUCAAUAUAAAGCACAAAAGAGUCAGCUCCUCCUGCGACAGGACUGGUUAAGUCGUCAUUGUGCAUCAGGAAGAGACCAGCGUUGACAUGAGUGAGUAGUUAGCAUGUUAGCGACAUCCACGCUGAAAGAAAGCAUCUAACUUGUUCGAGUGUAAAAAUGAGGAAACUUUUUAUCAAUGCUUCAACUCUCAGGACUGUAAAAAAAACAAAAACAGCUUAAUAGUACACAGAAAGAAGUGUAAAAACAGAUCUAUGUUUUCAGAGUUUUUCAUAAAAGGAAGCAUGUAAAUAACAGUAGCUACUCCGAAUCUUUAUUUUUAGUAUUUAGUGCAUACUGCAUUUUAUAAUUAUGACCCUUUAUAAUGUUGAUGUUUGGAAGGAUGGAUGAUGAAAGAACCUCCGGUUUUCUUCUAAAACAAAAAGUACUCCAGUAUCUGAAUAUAUUCCUAUUAUGUUCAUUGUUUGAAUGAAGCUAGCUUUUUGGUGCCCACUGAUGCUAAUAUUUAACAUUGUUGGGACAGAAGAGCACUGACUUCACUUUUUAAUCCCCAGAACUUCAAUUUGUUUCAGAAAAGUAGUAUCUACCAAUCUGAGACGUGACACUGAAAGCCACAGUCCCUAAGUUAGGGGGUCCAAAGUCCAUCCCAGGAAACUGUUGUAUGCCCACAAUAAAAAAAAAAAAAUUUUUUUAA